AUGAGCUGGAAACGCUCCGGGACGCUCGUAUCUGGCCCUCCGACCCUAUCAGGUCAUCGGAACGGAGACGCGGGCUCUUCGGCCGGGCCCAGCUCCGGCUCGUCCGCUCGUCUCGUCGACCGGCUGCGGCCGAACAACGGGGGCAUGAACGUCUUCCAGCGGGAGCGACAGGUCGUUGCUCGGUAUGGCGAUGCGUAUGCCGACGGAGGCGGAGGAGAGAAGAGGACAGAGUGGGAUGUACUGAAGGAGAAUCAUUGCUUCAUCCGUGACGACGAGACCGCCGGGGACGUCUCAUGGGAAGAGCGCCUUGCGAGAGCGUACGAGUCCAAGCUGUUCAAAGAAUUCGCCCUGCACUACAAAUCAAAACGGCUUGCUUUACGCUGGAGGACCGCCCCUGAAGUCGUCGAGGGUAUCGGAGAAGACACAUGCGGCUCAUUACGAUGUCGCCACCACCGUCCAGCUGCGUCCAGGGAGGAUUGCUCAGACGACGAAUCUGACGAGCGAGAUCGGAGCCGGGACGGACGGAAACGGCGGCGAAAAGAGCGACCACCGCCGAGUCUGCGAGCUUUCGAGCUGCCGUUCGCGUAUGAGGAGGCGGGGGAGAGAAGGGAGGCGUUGGUGAAGGUCAGGCUGUGUGGGCGGUGUGAGGGGAAGUUGAGGUACAAGCCGCAGCCAGAGGGGGUUGAAGGGGACAGCGAGGAGGAUGUUGGGAGACGGGACCGAAGAAGAGACAGGGAGAAAGAGGACAGGCGGGCUCAGUCAAGAUCCAGAUCACCUCGACGAGAAUCAAGGGAUCGCCGUCGGGAAAGAUAG